AUGUUUCCAUCUAAAGACAUGGUGGACUUUAUGGGAGACGUAAAUAAACUUUUCCCAAGAACUAGGAGCAAUGAUGGAGAUUCGCCAUUUUACACAUCACCUUUCCAAGCUACAGGCAAUAGAUCAUCUAGUUCUACAGAUUCCUUUUCCCCCGAGUCUUACUUUGAUUUCUUCAGACAUACAGACAUAAGGCCUGAAACACCUAGAAAUAUAUUAGAUACAAGGUCCUUUGAAUCACCGAAUGUAUCUCAGUAUGAUACAAAUGUUUUUGACAAAACUUUUGAUAAUUUUCAAUUGGAUGUCCAAGCACCUGAUUUUGUUCCUUUUUUUGAAUCUCCAAUUCCUAAUCUAAACAUUCAGACACGACACCAAAGACCUAUAGUGGGCCGCAAGAUACUUGGAUCUCAAGCUAAAACAGAGCCCAUUAAAGAUGCAAUGGAAAAUGUUUGGCGAGCACAAGAAAACCAAAAAAACUAUGAAUUGUUUCCAUCAGAAAAUAAAGGAUAUGAAUUUCGUACUCCAGUUAAAACCAAUUCUUAUAGCCUUCAAACUAGUGUAUCACCACAAAACACUAAUAUAUACAAUCGCAGACCAAGUUACAGUUCGGAAAAUCCAAAAUUCAAGCCAUUCAUUCCUGUAUCUACAGCAUCUUCAUCUAGAGAAGAUUAUGGUUCUAAAAUGUGUACAUUUUGUCGCAAAAAUGGCGAAACUCCAAUGGUUUUUAUGACACAUUGUGUAAAAGAGAAAAUUGGAAACAGACACAUCGUAACUUGUCCUAUAUUACGAUCACACAAAUGCAAAACCUGUGGGGCCUCUGGUGAUGAUGCACAUACCUUAACCUACUGUCCAAUACUAAGAAGCACAAACAAUGGUAAGCCACUACAGUCCACAACAAUAACACUUAAGAAUACUCGCAUCAAAAGCAAUGGUCGGAGAAGGUAC